AUGGAAACUGACAUAAACAUCCCUAAAACAAAAGCUGUUAAUGUUUUCUUUUAGUUUGCUAGAAUGCAAUUCUACUUAACUGUCUUUUCUAAUUUGUUACCUAUUAUAAUAAGCUAUACAAAUUAAGUUUGUUCAAGUAAGUCAAAUAUGUCAUUCAUAAGAUGAGGGAAUAAAAUUAAUCUCUUUAAGCUACAAAGGUGAUAUAGUACUGUUAAUUCUAAAUAUAAUCUCACUACUAUUUAUAUGGCUCAAAGAACCAUUUGCAAGGUACAAUAUUUUGUUAUUGAAUCAGACUUGAAUUUUUUGUGAUGUAUGCAAUUAACAUUUGUUGGAGCGGAAUCAUGAUAGGUUAGACAUAUUUAGAUGUUACUACACAGCCAAAUGAAUGUGAAGGAGUUAUCUUAUCAUAGAAGUUGAUACUCUUUUUUCAUUUGAAAACUCAUUUAGAAGUAAGGCUAAACACAUGAUAACUAGGUUCUACUAACUCUAUUUUCUCCAGUAUUGUUUGCCUUCAGAAUAACAAAUUUACCGAAUUCGUUCUUUGCAAUUUAUUUGAUAUUGACAGCAAAUGCACCAUAAUCAUUGUGUUCAAGAGACAUACCUAAUAUUGAAUUUGGACUGUUAUUUAUAGCCUUAAUAUCCUGUUUUAUUGGUUUGCCUCUAAAUAUUGGAUUGUUUUUGACAAAGAAGGUUACAAUACCAAAUUUGUUCCGAUUUUUAUUAAUGUUGACGAUAAUAGGUUAGAGUGGUUUAAUAGGUUUAAAAUAUUUAUGAUAAUUAGCUCUCAUUUAUUAGGCUGACGUGGAUGUAAGAUCGGAAUGCAGUCCAACUCAUCUCCUAUUCAGGUCUUAUUUAUACAUAAUUCCAAUAACAAUCUUAAGUGCUUUAAGUUUAUUGUUUUCAAUGCCAGUUUAGGAUCAUGAUGAAAUAAGAUAGCUCCUAAUUCAAGCUCGAAUGAAACCACUUAAAGCACAGUUACCAAUAUAAUAAGAUGUCCCCAAGGCUUAGGUCUAAUAAAAUUAGGACGAAAUCUUAAAUAAAUCUGCAAUUGAUGUGGGAAAGUCACCAAUUGGAGCUAAGUCGUAAGUGGGAGCAAAAUCAUAAUAUGGAACUAUUAGUAGAAGAGGAUGA